GCUUUUGGGGCGUCAGUGCGUCGGUGUCUGUCGAUCGGCCAACACGCCCGUCGCGCCGUGAUCGUCGCCGCCGCCGCCGCUAUCGUCGUCGUCGUCGUCGACGGCACACAUACAAACACGCACACAUUAACACACACACACACACACACACACAGACGUGUACACAUUCACACUCACACGCGCACGCGCGUCCCAAACGCUCAGACACAAAAUUCUAUAUAAUAUAUAUAUCGUCGGCGUCGCGACCGCGCCGUAGCAUCUGCCGCCGACAGUCGCGCGCGCCACCACACCGGUGCGUUGUAAUAGUACCGCGUAUUGUACGCUUGCGCACGACGUAGGUUUCGGCGUGUCCCAUUCAGAGCGAGCGAACGGCGCCGAUACCGCCACCGCCGCCGCCGCCGCCGCCGACAGCGAUCGAUACUCCGGGGGGCCCUAUGACGUAAGUGAGCAACACGGUCGUAUGUGAAUGACGGGGAGAACUCUGUCGUCGUAGUCGCGUAACCGAGUGAUAGAACCCAAAACCGAAAACCGCGUAUUACGCUUCAUCACUACCGCCGCCGCCAUCGUCGUCGUCGUCAGCACUGCAGUUUGGCCGCAGCGGCCGCGAACACACACACACACACAGCUAACCGAAAACGGUCAUCGCCGUCGUUAUCACCGCGCCGGACCGCGCUUCACCUUAAGAAAACUGCAGCUACCGUCACCGUAGUAGUGUGAUCUCUUCGUUCGUCCGGAGCCGCCGUGGCCGCGUAUCACCGGGACGCCGACCGUGUGUAAUCCCGCGUCGGGACGUAUACGCGCACCGUCCACCAGCACCACACUCCGUCCGGGACGCGAACCGCUGCAGCACCGCCGCGGUUAUCGUCAUGUCGGCGUCGUCGCGGGCGCCGCGCAGUCGUCCCCAGCACGAUGACCGCGGUAUGGCCGAGCGCGACGCGUCCAUGGGCUGACCAUGACCGCCGUACCGGCGCACGGGACGACGCACAUAGCACCGUCGUUGUGCCGGGUGGUGGCGCUUCUUAGUGCCGUGUGCUGGUGUUGGGUACUGAGAAUGGCCGCCGAGAUGCCGGACCUGUCGCACCUGACGCCCGAGGAACGGGAGAUCAUCGAGUCCGUGGUGCACAGGCAGAAACAGGAGGAACAGAAGGAACAGGAAAUCAUGAGGCGAAAACAAGAAGAAGUAAUUUUAUUGGAAGAGAAAAUUCGGCAACGCAGUGAACAGCAAAAAAAGGCAGGCGUCGAGUUGGACGCAACUUGUCAUAUAUGCCUGAAGACCAAAUUUGCCGACGGUGUCGGACACCUGUGCAACUAUUGCGGUAUCAGAUGUUGUGCCAGGUGUGGAGGCAAGGUUACCCUGCGUUCGAGCAAAGUGAUAUGGGUGUGUAUAUUGUGCCGGAAAAAACAAGAGCUUCUCAGCAAGUCUGGGGAAUGGAUCAACCACGGUAUGGCGGCCGCUGGCAGCGACCCGUCCCGGCGAUCCGAGGUGUCGUCACCUUGUAUGAUGUCGGAUAAGAGGCCCAAGCUCGAAAGGGCACACAGUGCAGUGGAAAAAGAGAACGUACCACUGUUGCAGCGGUCCAACAGCCUCCUGCGGCGCCAAUACUCCCAACAGGAGCCGUCCAGCCGGAAGGAGCAGGAACACGAACUGACCGACGAAUACUAUCGUACAGGUCACGACGAUUACUACCGUAGCGGUCAGCUGGAAGGUGUUUCGCACAGGACCGGAACCGGCAACCAGUCGUCCAGGUCUUCACACCACCAGGCGCCGCUGCAUCAGUUCGGCCCGGCCGCGGUGGACUGUAAACAGUCGCUCAUGGGGGGCCGUGGCGGUCCCGGUGUCGUGCCAGUGCGCAAGCACAAAAGGCCCGGGAACACGAUGCCCCCCGAACGGCUACAUCAGCAACAGCAUCAACAGCACCAGCACCAGCACCAACGCAUCAGUUUUUCCAGUUCUGAGGAGGAGGAGCUGAGAUCCACGUCGGAGUGCACCAGUUGCGACGAGCACGAGAGCGAAAAAGCAAUUUACCGCAAGAUGGGUACCGUUAAUGGACCAAGGCGAAAGAAAACUGUGAGGUUCGAUCACCGACAUCAUCAAACGACACAACAAACGUCCAAAGACUCCGGAUUUGACACCGGCAGUUCAAUAUUCACGUCCAAUGACGACCCAAUAUACCUCAGCGACAUUAAGCAACCGAUGUCGUGGCAACGGAGCCCCGAUAACAAGUACUUGAUAGGUCACAUGGUGCUUAACAAGUCUGUUUGGGAGACCCCGAUCAGCCCGUCUUCCAGCGCUGCCGCCAUGUUGGGGCUGAAAAUCAGCGGCGGCAAAUACAUAUCGGCCACCGGAAGGAGAUGCGCGAUUAUCGAUCGUGUCCGGAAAGGCAGUACAGCUGACAUGGAGGGAAAUUUGAAACCGGGAGACGAGGUGAUGGAAUGGAAUGGUGUUUUAUUGCAUGGAAAAACACAUAAAGAAGUCAUGGAUAUCAUUUCAGAAUCAAAACAUUUGCCGCAAGUCGAGCUCAAAGUGUCCAGAACAAUAACUUCGAGAAGAGCAAGUUAUGGCACUCCAACUAAAGCUAAAACGAGUUCAAUGGGUUUAUAUGAUUUGCGUAAAGAUAAACCUUAUGUAAUGGUGACUUCACCGGGUAGUCCUGAGCAUUUGGCUUCGAAUUCAGCUCGGAUCUUAAGGGCUUCCAAAAGUGUUAGUGGACCGAGUAGUUUACAUGUUGGAGGGAAGAUACAGGUCAAAUUAGGUUUUGACCCACAAUCACUGAAGUUGGUCGUAACUAUAAUGGCCGCUUCAAAUCUGUUACCACGGUCUGAUGGUUCACCAAGAUCAGCAUACGCCAAAGUAUGUCUUUUACCGGAUACAAGUGAGAAAUCUAAACGAAGGACUAAAACGAUAAUGAACUCCACUGAUCCUAAAUGGAAUCAAAAUUUUUCAUUUACAACUAUGAGAAGGUCAGAUUUGAAGUUUAAAGUUCUUCAAAUUUCGCUAUGGGAUUAUGAUAACAACCCUACAAAUCAGUUUCUUGGAGAAGUACUAAUUGAAUUGGGAAUAAAAAAAUUAGAAAACUUGGCUGAAUGGUAUCCAUUGACUGUACAUCAAGAAAUAACUGGAGAAGGAGGUAUUUCAAUAGGUGAUUAUGAUAUGGAAUACUCAGGAGAACACUUGUCUCCGCCAUCUACAUUAUCUCGACAAUCAGAUUCAGAUGCUUCGGAUGUUGAUGAUUGCUGUAGCGGACGACGAGUUGGAGCUGAUGGCGCGUCUAUAAGUAGUCUUGGUAGUUCUAUAAGCCCACCGCCCGAUUAUGAUCAUUUGGAUAGGAGAAAAAGUCGUAGGGAUAUGUCACCGCUGCAAAAGUCAUACGUAUAUGGCACUACAAUUGAAAAAAAAUAUGGAUACGAAACUAGUUUAAAACAACAAUCCGUACCAAUUCGACCUACGACAAGUAUCAGUCAUAGAUCGAGAUCUGCUGCACCAACUGAUUCUCCUAGCCAACAUUCUAGAUCACGUUCGAAAAGUCCAACUAUGCUCUCCGACAGAAGAAGUUUAUCUCCACCAGACUAUAGGUAUCCUGGAGGUGUUCAGAGCUAUAGACAAGGUCCUUCAAGGUUCUUAGCUAGGUCAGCAACAGCUACUCCUACAUCUACGCCAAAGAAACGUCAACUUCCCCAAAUUCCAGGAACUAUGCCUUCUUCUUUAGAUGAACGAAUUACAUAUUAUUUUGAUGACCAAACGUCAUCGGUUCGAAGAAGAACGAGACAAAUGCAACCUCGAAGAAUUCAGAGUAGAACAGGAGGCCUUGGUAGAUUACAUCAUUAUGGUGGAUUAAGUGAUAGUGAUAUACCUAUGCAACAACUUCGAUCUCUGACACCCCCGCAUGUUAGAGGAUCAAUGAUGUCCAGAGGAGAAACUGGAGAUACUUGUGAUAUUGAUGAUAGUGAUAGUGUUAUUAGCAGUGCUUUAUCUACGCAAUCUGAACAGCCCAGAUCAACGAUAUUUUGCUGCUGCAACGCCACCGAUUACCGCUACCCAUCAACGUCACAUUCACCCAGCUGUAGUUUUAGUAAAAGUAGUAGCAAGCGUGAUAGUAUAAAUUUGUACCGUUAUAAUUCAUUUCCUGCUGAUUAUUUUUUACUCCAUCCGAUAGAUAAUAGACCGGUUUUAACAGAAAAUUCGCCGACUGAAAACCCAAAACCAUUAAAAAAAACACGAUUUAAUUUAAAUCAUCUUGAUAAUCACGAUCCACUUUAUGAUUCCGAUUCCGGGUUAGAUAUGCUAGGUUUUCAAUCACCAACUGAGAGGCAAAGAUCCCGUAGGAAAAGAAACCUAACUCUAGAUUUAGGCGAAUCAGUGUUAGACGUAGUGGGUAGCUAUAGUGGCGCUGCUGUAGCGUUUAGUUAUGCUUUAACCGACCCUUUAAAUGCUAUUGUCCAUGGCAGUGAUUAUGGAGCGUCUCACAGUAGAUCUGGAUCACAACAAUCUCCGGUCAUGGCACCAUCAACCGAUAGCAAGAGGGCUCAAUUUUCACGGAGUCUGUCUAAUGCUGAUGUACAGACAGAUAAUAUAACCGAUUCUGGUAGUUCAGGAAAACGAAGAGGUGACUCGUCUUCCUUAACAGAAAGUGCCGGUAAAAGCUCAGCUUCUGGGACCAACUCUUCCACUUCCGGUAUGGGCAAAAAAAGUGCGUCAGCUUCUCAAUUAUCAGCAACCGGGCGCAAGCGUAGGUUAGGUUUUGGUUCGAAAGGAAAAUCUUCGUUUACGGUGCACAGAAGUGAAGAAGUGCUGCCUGGGGCAAGUCGCCCCCUCGUCAAACAGCCGUCCAGCAUUUCUAGUGACGGUGAAGCAUCCCAAGACGGCGAAAGGUUAAUAAUCGCCGGUCAGUCCACUGAGGGGGAAGUGACUACGUUUAUUGGUAAACUUGGACCAGGACAAAAAGUUAGUCGACAAAUAUUGGGGACUCCAUAUCGAGGUGACGUUAAAAUCGGAUUCAAUUUUUUCGUUAACUUUAUGGAAGUCACUGUUUUCGAAGCCAAGGAUCUAAUUAAUGUUAAAGAAACGAAAACAAAGCUUCCAGAUACAUACGUUAAAGUAUAUCUCGUAAAAGGCAAAAAAUGUGUGGAAAAACAUCGUACAAAAACAAUUAAAGAGAGCUUGCAACCCAAGUACAUGGAAAUGCUCAAAUUUAAAAGUUCCCCUGCCGGUUGUAUAAUCCAGGUGUCAGUGUGGGGUGAUUAUGGACGUGAAAAAGGAAGAAAAGUAUUUAUGGGAGUGGCCGUAAUUUAUAUGGACAGCAUAACUACGAGUCCCGGAACAUCUUUGACGGAAUGGUACAGGCUGUUCGGAUCGUCGUCGUUGUGAGUUUUGUUGCUUCAUUCUAUUGGGUUUCUUCUUUGGUGGUUGCAUGCAGACAACAUUUUUUUGUUUUUAAUUCCACUUAAAAGUAUUCAUUGUUUAAUGUCAAGUCACAGUUAUGCAUUGGAGUAUUUUUUAACGCAACUCUAAUUUAUAUUCUCAAUAUUCUAAAAAAAAUUAUUUGUAAAUAAAAGCGAAUACAAUAUUACUUGUAAAUAAAUUAUUUAUUAUGGAA